CAAGAGAACAGGUGAAAAGCAUAGACAAAGAGGGUGGGAGGUAAGAUCAGUGUUAUAGGGUUAGAAAUAUAGAUGGUUAGUGCUAUUGCAAAGCCUUUGCUUCUCUCCCGGACACACAGACCUCCACCAAAAUGCAUUUGCAUCACUUUAACCUGGCAAAAUUCGGAUAUUGCAUGUUGCUCUUGCUAGUGCUGAUAUAUCAGGCAUCGAGUGUGCCAGUGGUGACGCAUGAGGUACAAUCAGAUCUUCAGCCAUCACAUAGACUACACCGCAAGAUACGAAUGUCCCCUCUGUGGCGAAUCAUGGGGUUCAAACCAUAUGGAGCCUAUUGCCAGGACAAUAUAGAGUGUUCCACAGGAUUUUGCAGGAAUGGCCAUUGUUCUUUCAAUGGGCCUGUUCAUUCUUAGAAGAGUGGAUGACUGAAGUUUUAUACAGAAAAAUAUGAAUUUAUGUGUUGACCCAAUAUAUACAAAAUGGCAUGUUUUUUGUUUUAUAUUCAAAGCGUUGUGAGUUUACGUUGCAAGCACUUUAACUUUUGACCUAUAUACUGUAUAGCACAGCACACACAAGAAAUCUGACUUGAAAAGUUACAUUGGUUACACAGGACAUCUUUUAUUCUCAAGGUACGUAAUAUGAUUUAUUUACUUAGACUUUUGUUCAAUCUAAAGACUUAGGGUUUGUAUUUGAAUUAGAUGUAAGUGUGGGUUGUUCAUUUGGAUUAGGGUUUAGUUUAAUUUAUACAAACCAUUAAGUACAAUACAAAGUACCCAAUAAACGAUACAAUGUGCCUUGUAAUUACACUUAGCUAAAGGGAUUUAUUACUCUGUGCAAGCAUGUGUUUUUAUUUGUGUAAUGCAUUAUUAAGAAUUAUAAUGCCUCAAUGGUGUAUUUGUUAUUGUUUUUAGACUAGACCCUUACUAGAAUUUUUAGGUGGACAUUCCAUUUUAAUAUACAAUAUACUUGUCCAAGAUAUUUUGCUCAUUUGAUCUCUGAUGUAAUGUACUGUAUUUGAUAAUAAGGUCAUGAGGGCAUACAGAAGGGCCAGUAAGAGAACAUGUACAGUUGCACAUGUCUUGCUCCUCUUUCUCAGAAACUCAGUUCUAGUAACAAAGGCCACUGAAGUUCCUCGGCAUGCACGUGUUAAAGAGAGGAGUAUUUACACAAGAAUGCACUGUAACAGAAUGAUGUCACUGUACUGGGAACAACCUCCACAUGUACCUAGAUUAUAUGUGCCUUGUCUCACAUAGACGAGCAAAGUUUAAGUUUGUCAAAUAAAUCACUAUUUAUAUCUCUUUCACAAUCAUUCCUUUUUUGUCAAUUUAUGUUAAAAGAAAUGCAUUAUUAUGCACUAUUAUUUUGUAUACAGAAUUUUAACCUAAAAAAAAUGUUUUGUGUGGUAACAUCUAAAUUAACUGGUAAAAUUCAAGUCAAAAUUAUGAUUUAAUAUGAUUGAAUAAACCUGACUACAUUAUGUACUGUAGCAUCAACAAAAGUAAUUUUAAGUGUUAGAUCAAGUAGAAAUUAAAGGGGUCAUGACAUGAAGAAUCUAAAUUUCUUUGAUCUUUUGACAUAUAAGAUCAUGAUCAAGGAAAAUGAUCAUGCUUUACAAAUAUAUGACUGUUUUUUUUUAACAAAAACUUUAUUAAUAUUAUAAGUGAACCUCAAGGAACAUAUGAAAAUUAUUUUUAAAAAGGCAAGUCAUGACCCCUUUAAGGUAACAAUGGCAGUUUACAACCUUUUACAGUGCAUGCUACAAAUAAAUACACAAAUAAAUGGUCAGGUAACCUUA